GCAGAGCCUACAAGACAGCAACACCAACACCUCUUGACAUGGAAAUACACUGAUACAAUAGGCAAAAGAAACACUCGAUUGCAUCUCCUGGUUCCAGGUGGCCUUAUUUGGUCGAUUUGAUCCUGACCUUAUUCCUGUGAUGGAGGAUUCGGGCAUCCCGCGAGGCAUCUGGGAUGGAGAUGCCAAGGCUGUCCAACAAUGCCUGACAGAUAUUUUUACCAGCGUUUACACUACCUGUGACAUCCCUGAGAACGCUAUAUUUGGUCCCUGUGUCCUGAGCCAUACUUCCCUGUAUGACAGCAUAGCUUUCAUAGCUCUAAAGUCCACCGACAAGAGAACAGUCCCUUAUAUCUUCCGGGUAGACACCUCAGCGGCGAAUGGUUCCUCAGAAGGUCUCAUGUGGUUGCGUCUGGUCCAAUCAGCCAGAGAUAAAGAAGAGCAGAACCUUGAAGCCUAUAUAAAAAACGGACAGCUGUUUUACCGCUCUCUCCGCAGGAUUGCCAAAGAUGAGGAGUUAUUAGUUUGGUAUGGGAAAGAACUGACUGAGUUGCUCUUGCUCUGCCCCUCUAGAUCCCACAGCAAAAUGAAUGGGUCGUCCCCUUACACAUGCCUGGAAUGCAGCCAACGUUUCCAGUUUGAGUUCCCCUAUGUGGCGCAUCUGCGCUUCCGCUGCCCCAAGAGACUUCACAGCGCUGAGCUGAGCCCCCGAGAGGAGCAAGGCGGCGGCGUGGGCACCAAGGAUCACGGGGGCGGCGGCGGCAAGGAUCAGCAGCAGACGCAGCAACAGGAGGCACCCUUGGGUCCCGGCCCCAAGUUCUGCAAAGCCGGCCCUGUCCACCACUACCCGGCCGCCUCCCCCGAGGGCGGUAACCCGCCUGCGGCUGGUGGCGGCGGCAGCGCGAAGCCGUCCACGGACUUUCACAAUCUGGCCCGAGAGCUGGAGAACUCAGGGGGAGCCAGCGGCUGCUCCCCAGUCCGGAGCCUCAGCAGCGGAGCAACGGCAGCGGCCACCAGGAGGCGGAGCUGAGUCCCGACGGCAACGCCGCGGGCGUCG